AUGGACGAUCCUCAGUGCUCACGUCAACACAAGGGCAUCUGCAAUCCAAUACUACUCCUUGGCGACACCCAUGAUCAAUCGAGUCAUCGAUCUUGCCGGCUGCCUGUCGAUCCUGCAUUGCGGCCAGAGUGGAACGAGAUUGACGGGGAGGAUGAUGCUCCAGGAUACACCCCUCUCGCUGAUGUCGCCGAAAUGCAUGAGAGCCCUACGCUUACAACGAUCUUUUCACAGAGGUUGAGUCCGAUGAUGGAACAUACAGCUCCUGUCUUAGUAAAGCUUCUGAUUGACAUCCAGAUGAAGAUGACGCUUUGUCAAUCUCAGGGCCAAAUCAUGCCAUCUGACCAGUCAGAGGCACGGAAUUUGCAUUCAGGGGAUGAUGGCCCCAAAGAUGACCGUGGCCCCCCCCUUGAACCAGCCAACCACCGGGGUAUUCCAGUCAAGGUGUGGUGGAGGCUAUCGAAUGGUUGA